UGUGAUCAAGUUGUCUUCUCUUUGUUUACAAGGCAGAUGGUCUCCUUUGCUGUUCAUCCUCACAUGACAUUAACACAAUGUCUGUUGUCUCCGAUGAAACCCCAAUGAUAUAUUCCCAAUCACAUGUAAAAAAUGACUACUCGAAAGGAACAGGAGCGGUACUAAAACCUCCUUCAGGAGAAUGUUUUGGAACCAGACAUUUCCUUGCCUUUAUGGCCUUUUUAGGAUUUGUAAAUGUCUACUGCUUGAGAGUCAACCUGAGUGUAGGAUUGGUUGCCAUGGUGAAUGACACUGGUACAACUAAAAAUACCAGUGAUGAAGAAGCAUGUGCAGGCCCUGAUUCUGGUAAAAAUACUACGGUCAAAGUGGGAGAAUUUAACUGGGACCAAAACACACAAGGGAUCAUUCUUGGAUCAUUUUUCUAUGGUUAUAUCUGUACACAGAUUAUAGGAGGAAAGAUGGCGGAGAUUAUUGGUGGGAAGAGAAUGUUUGGUUUUGGUGUACUAUGUACCGCUGUACUGACAAUGCUGACACCACUAGCUGCCCGAGCUGGACUCGGUUAUUUUAUAGCACUUAGGAUUGUUGAAGGUAUUGGGGAGGGUGUAACUUUCCCAGCUAUGCAUGCCAUGUGGGGACAGUGGGCGCCUAUCUGGGAGAGGAGUAAACUAGCAGGGUUUAGUUAUGCUGGAGCACAGUUAGGAACAGUGAUAGCCAUGCCUUUAUGUGGAAUUCUAGCUGACUCUGAUUUUCUUGGCGGAUGGCCAUCAGUGUUUUAUGUUUUUGGUGUAUUAGGCUGUGUAUGGUUUGUAGCAUGGAUGUUACUAGUACAUGACACACCUGCAAAGCAUCCUAGGAUAUCUAAAGUGGAGAGAGAUUACAUAGAGAAGUCUAUAGGUGUCAAAGAGAGAUUACCAACUCCAUGGUUAGCCAUUUUAACCUCUCCAGCAGUGUGGGCAGCCAGUGCAGCACAUUUUGCCAAUAACUGGGGAUUUUAUACCAUGUUGACAUGUCUACCUACUUAUAUGAAAGAUGUACUCAAGUUUGAUAUCAAAUCUGAUGGUUUUGUAUCAGCCUUGCCUUACCUUGUAUGUUGGAUGAGUAUGAAUAUAUCAUGUAAUUUAGCAGAUUUUAUCAGGGGUAGAGGAUAUCUGUCUACUCUUAAUACUAGACGAGUUAUAAACUCAUUUGGUCUCCUAGCUCCAGCUAUACUAAUGUCAUGUAUAGGACUAGUAGGUUGUAAUUAUGUGGUUGUAGUUGUUAUGCUGACCUUUGCUGUAGGAUUAGGAGGAUUCUGUAUGGGAGGUUUUAAUGUCAACCAUUUAGAUCUAGCUCCUAAUUUCUCAGGUACAUUAAUGGGCAUUACCAAUAUGAUAGCUACUAUACCUGGGUUUCUUGGACCUUAUGUUGUAGGAGUUUUAACCAAUAAUCAGGAAACAAGAGGCCAAUGGCAGAAAGUAUUUUAUAUAUCGGCAGGAGUUUAUGUAGCUGGUACUGUUAUAUUUUUGUUAUUUGCCAGAGGAACAGAACAGUCAUGGAACAAGGCAAAUGGAGGCUUGUCUUUCCGUAAUAACAGAAAUGUUUCAUAUUCGGUGCUAGAAGGAGACAAUACAGCUAAUGGUGCUAUAGUAAAUCGAUGAAAUUUAUUUUUUAACAAUUUGUAUAAUGCCAUGCAUACAAUAGUUUAUUUGCCAAUUCAGUAAUUUACACUGUAAUUAGUGAUCCAUUUGUAAGAGUUGUUUCCCUUAGAAGAGACAUAAGUUAUCAUUACCAUUAAAAAGCAAGCAGAAAAAGCAAAUUUAUCUGUUCGUAAUGUUUAUAAUCUCUAACUUUUUCAAAUCUUUUAAUUACAUUUAAAUUUUUUGCUACUCUAAAACAUUUGAUAUCAAUUAUAGUUAUUUUUCAAUAAAAAUUGGUCAAAACGCAUGUAUCAGUUUCAACUUAGCAAGCUUUGCAUGGACAACCAGUCUAGAAAUUGUCUUCAUUUAGCAAGGGAAACAACUUAUGUUGAAAGUGUGCUAUAACAUUAUAAAAUUGGUAAUUGCCAAAUAGACUGUUUUGUUGUUGUUUAGUUAAGGUUAUAUUUGAGAUUUUAGUUUUUAUUUUAUUUUUGUAAAGUAACAUGUUAACUUGAAAUAUAUGUUUUUGACAAUUUACUAUUACAAUCUGAAUAUAUAAACCAGUACAUUUGCUAAAAAUUUAUAACUGUUUUGAACUAGUACUGUUAUCAACUGGUUAAUGUUAACCAACUUAUUUUCGUGAGCAAUAUGUUUAUGAAACUUAUGAAAAUUAAGCAAAUACAAGUUGUUUUGAUAUGAUAAACUUGAAUCUUCUCUCUUACCAAUCUAUCAGCAAAAUUGAAAAAUCAUGAAAUCAUUGUAAACACAUGUAUCUUAGAAAAAAAAGUUGGUAAACAGUAAUCUAGCUAUUAUGUUGUAUUAAGGUUAUACACAGUUAAAACCUAACUACCUGUUAAAAGUAUAUCCAAAGGUCUGAUUGUAGAAAUUUUUUUUUGGCUUUGUUUCAUUGGGGCAUUCACACACAUGUAUUAAUAUUUAUAUCAGAGAUUAACCACAUAUUAUUAAGUCUUAUCAGUUACGGCAUUAUUGUAGGAUUUUAUUGAAAAAUGGUGUUGUUCAUAUCAUUUUAACUAUUUAAAUAUUGCCAAAGCAACACCCUAAAUAGGUUUUAGAUAAUUAAAAAGUAGACUUCCUUUGUAAAUUUCUUUUCGGGCAAGGGUUGGUUUUUAUACUAAUUCUCUGCAUGUAUGCAUAAAGCCCUUGAAUAUUUUAUAAUAUUUAUUUUACCAAAUUUUCUGUCCUUUUAUAGCUGUAUAUUCUGUGACGAGGACAUUCUUUAGAAAAAAAAAACAUUAGAAGUACAGUUAUGUAACAUCUAACUCAUUGGAAACAACAUUACUAAGUUGCAAAAUCCAUUUGUCCUUUUGAAAAAUAAAUUAUAUUUAUAAUAACAUAUCAUUCUGAAAAUGUAAUGAAUUUUGAAAUCAUUUGAUUUUAGGACAAAUUCAGUAGCAAAUAAUACCUCCGCCUUUAUAUUUUUAUGAACAUUUGAUAUUUAAAGUUAGAAUAGUUAACAUAAAUUUGACAAAAGUUAAUAAUUACAUUUACAUGAAUGUUCCAACAUAAAUUUGACAAAAGUUAAUAAUUACAUUUACAUGUAUGUUCCGUAAAAAUCAGUAGUUUUGAUUGGCUGACACCAACCCCUAGGUACUCCCAUGUCAAAUUUUAUUUUCAUAUAAAAUACAACAGCUAUGACUGCACAUGCUAUCCAUGACAAUGUUAAGUCAAUGCUUAGAAAAACAAAUGAAAAGUUUGAUAUAACUCUUAAUAUUAUAGUUGUACCAUAAAUAAUAAUUCAAUGCUUCUUUUUAUAAUUUUAUAAGGUUGUAAAAGUGUUAAUCAAGCGCACAUUUUUCAUAUGAAGUGCCCUUCAUACAAAAUGUGCUUUGAUCCAAGCUUUUACACCCCAAUAAAAUUAUAAAGAGACGCAUUCAAUUCUUAUAUAUAAUUUACUUUAAUUGUGUGUUUCUUGCACUGUAGAAGAUACUUGAAUAAUUUAAAAUUAAUGUCAUAAUUUGCUGUUCAACCAAUUGCUCAUACCUGACCCCAGAUACUAGGCGAUAAUCUUAUUUGACGUUUACUUCACAAAAUGAGGGAUUAUGACAUUGCUUUUCUAGGUCAGUUCAUAUUGUGUUUUAUGUAAUGGUUAAAAUGUCUUGCCAAUGUGAUAUUAUACUACAACUAUAGUACAGUUUUAGACAGUUUUCUGAAACUAAAUGUAAAUAAAUUUUUGAAAUUUGUAAAGGUUUAGGACUGAUCUCAAUAGGAUAAAACUGACCUGGUUAAAUAGGAUUAAAUGAAAUAAAACAAGGGAGUAAUUAGUUUAUUUAAUACAAUGUUCUUGUACACAACAGCUCAGCUGGGUUUAGUUUUUUCAACCAGUUCCAUCCUGGGUGUCAAACCCAUACACGGUGACAAGCCCACCCACACCUUAUCAUGUUUGUAUUUCUGUGUUUUUUAUGUGUGAACUAAGGUUCCAACUCCCUAAGACAAAGUUGACCUUAGUAGGAUUUGGUUAUGCUUUUUGGCCCCUUUUGAUCAUAUACUGUAAAUCAGAAAUUAUUGCAUGCAUUUAUUAUUUUGGUUUGUUAACAAAGGGCAAAAAUGCGAGAUUAACUUUUGCAAUUUUGGGAAUUACUGCAUUGAAUUUAUAUUAUCGAAAUUUAAAACAUGAGUUUUUUAAUUUUUGCAAAUCCUACCCCAUCCCAAUUUAAGCCAUUAUAGAAACAUAGCAAAAAUUUCUGGUUGUUAUAUGUCCUUGAUUUCAAGUGUUCCUGAUGAAGACAAAUCCAGAAAAGCGCUUAAGACGUAACAAUUUGAUAUAUUGUUAUAUUCGUUUCUCUCCAGUAUUUUUAAAUUGCUUCCCUAAAACUAUAGCUUAUCAUUUAUAAUAGAUACCACCGUGGUAAAAAUACAAUACUAGAAUGCCAUACUGCUACAUGUACAAGGCCCUAGAGAGAACAAAUAAAAUUGAGAAUGGAAAUGGGGAAUGUGUCAAAGAGACAACCCGACCAAAGAGUGUUUAUUUUCAAUCUUUCACUUUCAUUUUGUAGAAAUGUUAAAUGCACAUGCUUAUAUUUUUAUUUCAAUAGGUUUUAUGAUAAAAAGUAUCAGCAAAUCCACUGCAUAUGGUGGGCAGAGUGGACUAUUUUAUUUUUUGGAGAAAAAAACAAAAUCUAACUGAACUGUAGUAAUGACCUUUUAUAACAUUUGUAACAGUUUGGCCUACCAUGUCAUACAAACUUGUAACUUUAGAAAAGGUUAAAGUAAACAAAACCAGCAAGAUUUUGUUUAACAAAAACUUAAAUAGGUUUCCUUGCUUGGUUAGUGCUAUUACAAAUAGUGUUGUAUUCUUUAUGUACCCAGGUAUUAUAACUAAUUUAUUUUUGUAUGAAUAAUCUGAUUCUUCAGGGAGCAGUGUUCAUUUUUGAUUUGUCCAAACUUAUUAAAAUAGAAUUGGCCAUUUCAGAAUCUUAAGAAUCUUGGGUAAUGACAUGAUUAGUACAACAAAGUGAAAAUAAAGUUACAUUAAUGGACGAAUUUCUAGCGUUCAAAUUACUAUCAUAUUAUUACAACGUUUUGGGGUAAACAUUAGAGAAAUGACCUCAAGACCUUAGAUUGUGAAACUGCCAAUUUUAGAUAAUUUAGAUUAUAAAAAUUACUUUGAAUAAUACAUAUAGAUAUACAUGCUUGAUUCUUGUUUCAGGUUAAAUUUGUAUUCCUAAUUGUUAGAUAUUUUUGUUCAAAGUAUGUGCAAUAUAUAAGAUGACAAAACUACCUGUGAUAAUUUAUAUUUUCAAUAUAGAAUUAAAAAAUUUCAUUAUGUUG